CAUAUACAACUCCUCGGGGAACACAUUUCAUUUUCAGUGUUUAUGAUAAUGUCAGAAAGAAAAAUGAAUCCGUUUAUCUGUUGGUGACGAAAGCUUUUUUUCAACACAAUCCCAUGCUGGGCCCCAGUGAUUCCAAAGAAAAUGGCAUAAACAUAGAAAAGGCUGAAAGUUGCCUACUUUGUUCUUAUCCGUCACUCGGCGCUGGGAAGUCCGCGCGUUUUGAUAUACCACACCGGUCUUCCCUACUGAAUAUUUCUGAGAACUUGAUUCUGAGGACGCAUCGGAUGACUAUGAAAAUGUCACGCUCAGCGCUACUGGUUUUGUUUGGGAUUUUUGGAAUCGCAUCAUCAGUAUCAAGAAAAACAAAAUUGCCGCCCAGUGUUUUUGUGGAUACAGAUCAACCAGUUUAUUUCAUUCCCGGAGAACUAGUUACGUUAAAAUGUGCUGCUACUGGAGAACCUCAACCUCAAAUAUCGUGGCUUAUUGAUGGGGAACCGUUUGACUUUACCACACAGUCAGCUACGAACUCUGUCACCAUAUCGGACUCUGGUUCCUUAACAUUCCAUUCCAUCACCAAGGAGAAUCAGGGGAAAUACCAAUGUCAGGCAGCUAAUGUCCGCGGAGUAUCGCUGUCGUCUGAAAUUGUCGUCAAGGAAGCAUUCCUUGAGAGCUUCCAGGACAAGGAACAUGAUGAGACCAUCACUGUACCGCUGGGAUAUGCGAUAAGACUUCCGUGUCUUCCCCCAGAAAGUCAGCCUGACGGCAAAGUCGUCUGGACAAAGAUUCUAGACGACGGGUCCAAAAAGACAAUACAGAACAAUUUAAUGGGAAAUGACCUUGAGAUUUCUGAUAGAAUGACAUCAGACUACGAAGGUAAUUUGUACAUUCUGUCAACAAGACCCGAGGAUUCAGAUGGAUGGUUUUCUUGCACAGUGACCAAUGAGUUCCUGCAGUCUACCAUCACAGGACCCAAAAAGAUGUUGUCCAUAUCUGGUGAAUAUCCAGUGUUGAAGCCAACAGAACUGUUGUGGAAAUCACCAAAAAUUGUUCAGGCAGUAAUGUAUGAAGUUGUUAAACUCAAGUGCAUCAUGGGAGGCAACCCUAUUCCAAGAGUGUCCUGGACGCACAAUAAUGCAGACAUCUCCAGUACCGGAGGCUAUGAAAUCAGUGAAAACACUUUUGAGUUGUCCAUCCUCGAGUUUCAGGAGACUGAGAUUGGACGCUACCAGUGUAUCGGAAACAACGAAAUGGGCGAUGACGUUGUCGGAACAUUCCAUGUUUCGGCUGUUCAGAAGCCAUAUUGGAUUUCCAAGCCACAGGAUGUAACGGUGGCUGUGGAUGAAGAUGUCACCUUGAGAUGUAAAGCUACAGGAAUCCCUGACCCUGUUGUGUCAUGGUUCAUAAACGGAAAACCUUUAGAAGAGUCAGAUGUGCUGAACAAGAAUGCUAGGUUCCUGGACGACUCUCUGGUUUUCAAGAAUGUGGACAUGCAUGAUUCAACUGUUAUCCAGUGUAAUGCCUCUAACCCUUUUGGCUUUGUCUGGGCCGAUUUCUAUCUCAAUGUGCUGGCUGAAGUACCAGUGAUUGAAGGAAGGGCUGAACCGGUGGUGAAGAUUCUUCGAGGUGGAACCGUCUCACUGCCGUGUCGGGCCUCAGGGAACCCCAAACCAGUGAGAAGGUGGUUCAAGGGUGAUCAGAUCAUUAAACCAGGCAGACGGUACAAGAUUUCGGCAGAUGGAGAUCUUCAGUUUGAUGAUGUAGGAAUUGUAGAUGGUGGAUCUUACUCAUGUGUUGUCAGCAACAAGUUUGGAAAAGAUGAAAGGCAAGUCAGUGUGGUCAUUCAGGAAAUGACAAGGAUAAUUGUUCCACCUGUUAACAAAUUUGUCACCAGUGGUGAUGACGUUAGUUUUCACUGCGAGGCUGUUACUGACUACCGAGAACAAGCCAAUCUCAUCAUAACUUGGUUGAAGAACAAUGAGACCAUUGAAACUGAGAGUGACGUGUACAGAGGAAGACUUGCCAUUACCCAUGAUGCACUGGUUCUGCAUGAUGUGGUUGUUGGUGACCGAGGAAUGUAUACAUGUGUUGCUACAUCCUCCAUUGACUCAGCAAAAGCAACAGCACAAUUAAAAGUAAAAGGUCCUCCGGAUGCUCCAUAUGACAUUCAGAUUAUUCACUGCACACCUGGAAGAGCCGACAUUGGCUGGAAGUUUGACAAGUCACUGGAGAACUUCUCUCCAGUUAAAAACUUCUCGGUUCAGUACAGCACCCAUCACAGGCCAGGCCAUUGGGUGUUGGCUGCCGAGGCCCCACACCACAGGAAGCAGGCUGCAAUGCGAUUGGCUCCCUGGACAGAAUACACCUUCAGAGUGGCAGCUGUCAGUAAACUUGGGAGGGGCAAGUACAGUGCCCCAUCUCAAGGCAAAUGUCGCACACCAAUGUCAAGGCCAUUUAGAAAUCCUCGCAGAAUACGGAAAAUUGCAAACAAAACUGGUUUCCUUGUCCUUGAAUGGGCUGCCAUUCCCAGGAGUGAGCACAAUGGCGAGGGCUUCUACUACAACAUCACCAUCAAGGAGGAUGGGACGAAGACGUACACGAGUCACAUCAUCAACAGCUACAACAUGACGCGCAUUGAGAUCCCCGUGAGCACCGUCUUCCGACCAUACAGCAUCAUGGUGUCCUCUGGCAACACCCUGGGACCGUCUCUCAAAGCCCCACGAAUCACCAAGGGUUACUCAGGAGAAGCAGUGCCACUAGCCAUACCAGAAAACUUUGAGCUUGACCCGAGUUACCCCGUGACGAACACUUCAGUCCGCGUGCAAUGGGAUCGUGUCAACUCGAGUCUUGCCGUCAUCAGAGGAGCCUUUAAGGGAUACCAGCUAACAUAUUGGAAGACCGAGGACCCGGACAGUAAGAAAGGUAUUCGGAUUCCUCCAAAUCGAGCCAAGCCAAAGAAAGUGAAACACACACUGCACGACCUGCCUCCGUACACGAACAUCUCCAUGGACGUCGCCGUUAUCAACAGCUACUUCAUCUCCAACCACAGCCCCGUCAUCAACUUCACCACGCCAGAAGGAGUUCCUGGAAAAGUGCAGUAUUUGUUCAUCCAAUCCCGAGGAUCGAGAUAUUUCCUGCUGGAGUGGAAAGAACCAGAAAACAAGAAUGGUGAUUUACUUGGCUACCAGAUAGGAUACAAAAAACAGCCUUUUUCCAGUGCUAUGACGAUUGCUCUAUCUUUUGAUACACCAAAUAUAUCCCGAGCUUUCCUGUCCGGUUUGGAACCAGAAACUCUUUACAAAGUGGCCAUUUGGGGAUUUUCAAAACAGGGAAAUGGAGAGGCGUAUUACAUGACGGCACUAACCAUGGAAGACAACUUGCCCUUGGCAGAGCCCCGUGUCACUAAGGUUGUGGCUGGAAAACGAUCGUUCACCAUUCAGUGGGAACUCGAUGAAUCAGUGGACGCACGUGCCGCAUCAACGUACUACAUCAAGUACAGGAGAGUGGGGUGUGGUGCCGAGCGGCCACUCUACUUUAAUUUUCACCAAGAGAGAACACUGGAGUGGAUGUGUCAAUGUUGUCUGCUAUAG